GCCUGGGAUCAUGGGCAAAAGCAAGGCCAAGCGGUUCCGUCCAAUGCCUUUUGCCCCCGCAGGGAGGAUGAGCCUGGAGAAGGAGAGCCAGCCUGGCCCCGGAGCAGCAUCUCCUGCCACGGAGCUCCUGGAGAAAGUCACGUUGUUGCCAACUAUUUAGAAAAACAGUAAUUCCAAACUUGUCUGCUGCAUUUUAUAUUAUAAGGGAUUACAACUGAGAUUACCAGUUUACCACCCAGACUCCAGAGAGUGUCUCCACAUGGCAACAUUUUGCUUCCUUUCCCCGUUCUGCAGCACCCCAGCGCUGAUGUCAGGGAAUUUGCUUGUGCCAGCAUUUCCAAACUCUUGCAGCAGAAACAAACAAUCCCGGCUUUUGUGCAAAGAGAUGUGGUCCGGUGUUUGGGCCCCAUGCUGCUCGAUCAGAGCCUAGCAGUUCGAGAGACAGCAACAGGAGCUCUCCGAAAUCUCAGUGCUUGUGGAGGAUUUGAAGUUUGUGAUGACAUGGUCACCAAAGAUGUUAUGACUCCUCUUGUAGCUUUAUUGAAAGAGUGUCGGGCUGGACUUGAGGAAAGCAAUGGCUCUCUAAAGGAAGCCAAAGACACCAACAAGAACUAUAUUGAAGACAUUGCAUAUGAGGCAGUGAACCUGCUCUGGAAUGUCUGUGAAUGCAACAGUACAGCAGUAUCCAUAUUCAACAAAGAAGACUGCUUACAUGUUCUGCUACAGUAUCUGAAGAGAUUUCGUACAAAUGUGGAUCUUGCUAUUGCAGUGGCAUCCUGUUUGCAGGCAGUGACAGAAGACAACCCAGACCUGCUUUUAUCCUUUGAUGCUUCAGUACAUCAGGUGCUGGAAACAGUCAUGCUGUCAUCUGACAAAGACAUGGAGCACAUUCUUUUACGGACACUGGUGGCAGGUGUCACUUGGAAUAUAAAGAACACCCUACCCUCUGCCAGCCAAGCAGGCACCAUUAAUGCCAUCCUGAAGAUUUUCUCGGAAUGCUUAGCAAUAGACGCCGGUGAGACCGUUAUCCGGAUGAAGGAAGCGGAAACGGAAAGAUUGAAAAGCUCUGCUGAGUUAGAACCCGAGGCAAAUGUGACAGAAGUAGACAACACAGUCCUUAAAGAAGAUGAGGAGAUGGAGGAAGUGCCUAAAGAAACUGCCAAAGGGCAAAACGAUGUUUCGGAUCUACUUCCACGCAAUACACAGGAAGUGAAACAGGUAGCAGCUUUACUUCUGGCUCAGCAGACAGCCCUGGAGAUCAUUGUUAACAUGUGCUGCAAUGAAGAUCCCUCUGAUGAUGAAUGGGAAGAGUUAUCCAGUAGCGAUGAGAGUGAUACUUUUAUGGACAACAGUUAUGAUGAAGGAGGGACGUUGCUGUCACCGCUGUGUCUUUCAGCUGAGAUUCACACAGCCCUUAUGAACCACCUUGUGCCUAAGAAGAUACUCGAAAAAACUGCUUUUCCCAGCAAUGCUGCUGUUGACAUCUGCACACAUAGCCCAGCUUGGAAGCCACUGAUUAAAAAAUUGAACAUGGUUCAGUACAGAGCUCUAACCUGCCUUCAUAGCAUCUUGUUAGUGUCUGAUGUGGAUUGUCUUGGGGGAGCGUCCGUCCUUCAGUCCCUCUCACAUCACCUAUCCCAGUUAAUUUUUUCUCAGCCAGAAUUUUCAACACAAGUGGAGUUUCUGGAAGCCGUAACCAGUGCUUUGCGGGCGCUCUUGCAAAUGUUGGCAUCAAAUAAUAUAUCUCAGAGCAUGACACCUGAGCAGCUGAUGACAUUGUGUGAAGCUGGUAUUCACAGUAGUAACAUUAGUGUCCGUGUAAACGUAGUUAGCAUUCUGGGAAUUGCUGGAAGUGUGCUUGCAAAAGUGGAAGACACUGCAGAAACCCUAAAGAUGAUAGGAAAAUUCCUCCUUGAUGUUACAACAAAGGAUCCUUCUCUUGUGGUAGUGGGAGAAGCUUUGGAUGCCCUCUUUGACGUUUUCGCUGAUGGAAAAGAAGCUGAAAGGGCAGCGGAGCAAAUAAGACUGCUCCAUGUACUUAGGGAUUUCCAGCCAGUUUUCAAAUCACGAAUACGGAAAGAAGGAAAAGGACAAUAUAGCACUGAUCAGUUAUGUGUGCUGGACAAUGUGAAGCUGAAUUUAAGAAGAUUCAUUGCUUAUCAGGAAACACUGGAGAAGAAAAAAUAACUUUUGAAGCAUAAAAAGACCAUAAAGCUAUAUUUUUUGUUAUUAUUUGUUAAACAUUUUUGACCUGGAAUUAUAUACCAACUUGUAGUGAAGAGGAGAGGAGUGUGGUAUGUUUGCUUUGGCUGAGAAUUUUUUUACAGAUGAAAAGUAAAAUUUGAAAUAAAUGAUGCAUUUGGCAUCCACAAACACCAGAAUGUUGCCUUAACAUCAUGAUUGGAAACUUUUAAACUCAAUUCAUAAAUCAGUUAAACCAGCAUCAGAUCUAGCAGCCUGCCUGCCUAAAAUUGAAUGAACAUUUGAGAUUCAUGGACAAAAGCCUGUCACACAUCUAAUGUUUUAGACCUAUACAUGGAUUGGAAGGGCAUCUCACAGGUUUUUACCCUUCUUCCCUUAUUUCUUCCUCCUUUUCACAUGAUACUCCCUCAUUUGAUUUCUACAGCUAAUCAUGGCACAUUUAGGUCUGCACUAGUUUUAAUUAGUAGCCAUAGUUAGUACAAGCCAGAAUUAACAUUAAUAUUAAUCUUGGUUGUAAAUGGAGGAAAUUUAAUGUUAACAUUAAAACAGUGCAGAUACAUUACUGUACUCUUGAUUAGCUCUAGAAAUGAUUACAACGUUCAGAACUUAAGAAGUAAGAUGGUAUAUAAAUCAAAUUAACGACAAUGGUAAUGAUUAUUAAUAGAGAAGGAAGAGAGCUUGCAAACCUGGGUUAUGUUCCUGAUCUUAUCCACAUUAGAAAAUCUAAAAUGUAUCUUCUUGUUGUUGUGUGCCUUCAAGUCCUUUCCUCAUAUGGUGACCCUAAGGCAUUCAUAUCAUGGGGUUUUCUUGGCAUGUUUCUUCAGGGGGGAUUUGCCAUUGCCAUCCUCUGAGGCUGAGAGAGUGUGAUGUGCCCAUGAGUGUCCAUGGGGACAAAAAAACCUUAACUCUUUCAGCUCGUAGUAUAUAUUUAUUGUACUUUCUAAACUAGGAGGAAGAAAAUUCCAGUCCCUGGUAGCUAGCAUUGGUCUUGUAGGUGCCAUGGAUGGGCAAAUAUGAAAUGUUUCAUAGAUGAUUGGAUAUACAAUAAGAUCCAAAAUUUCCAAAACAGUGAUGCCUUUAUUGGGUCAACCAAAAAUGCACAAAAUGAAUCCCAGUCCUGGGAAAACAGCAAGAUAGAUAGAUAGAUAGAUUGCAUUAUGCAAGCUUUCAAAGUUCCACUGGAUUCUUCAACAGACAAAGGUGUU